CAACAUCGUAAACAACGGGACAAACAACAGGAAUCCUUUUAAAAAUAAUGGCGGCAGAAAAACACGGUUUAGCGAACAUUCCCGGUGAGGAUCAAAAAGUUGAAGACGACUACAUAGAUGAACUCAUUCGUAAGUACCUCUACGAAGAAGAAGUGAACAGGUAAAGGAUCUCUAAAAACUUCUGCUUGGUUUCUCGCAAAAUUUGACCUUGAGAGGUCACGUAGAGAAAAACACCUAGCUGACAAUUUUUGGUCCGUUGUGUACAGAGAAAUUAAUUUUAUGGCGGCUGUCUUUGGUGACUUAUUUUUGACAUUUUUUAAACCACACUGAAACGUUUUCUUUCAGUCUGUACGAAGAUUACCAUUUACCUCUGCUGGCUUCUCCUGAGGUUGACAAAUGGCCAGAAGCAACGUUACCAGAUUUCAGUUGCGGCCAGGAUUUUUUGGUGCCAGAACUCCUUCAAAUGGAAAACCUGUCUGACGAUGUAGAACCGCAGGAAGAGUUGCUUUCCCUUUUGGAAGAAGUUAUUACAGAGGAUGAGAAGAAAAAUAAAGGUAGGCAGUAUUCGCCAUCAAAGUGCGCGUGAUCAUUCUCGUUAUUUUCCCGCGAACGCUGCCAGUCUUUGUACAAUGGUGCGCAAAACCGAAAUACGUUAUUCCUAACCUGGAUGAACUGGAUGUUAAUGAAUUUCUUUAAUACAUCCGGCAAUUUUAAGCUUACGUGCUUUCUAUUAUUUCAGGAAUUUGUGAAACCGCCAAGGGUAAAGAUUCAUCUGAAGAGAUCGCUGUGAAACCAGAUAAAAUCGUUACCAACAGUGGCCCGAAACCAAUAAUUGAUGAAACACAGUCCAAGAAAAAAAGGCCGGUCAGUAAAUUUGUACACUUCCACAAAGUAAACUUCACCUUCAAUUAACCAAUAGCCGAGGGACUGGUGUUGACGUCUCUAAAAUCCACUUAGGGAUGCAUUCAAUCAAUAGCCUCACAAUACGCCGGAGAGCAGAGGCCAGUGUUUGAGUGUUUGUCAUUUUGCAGGAUAUGCAAAUUCAUUGUUUAAAAAAACACAACCAGUUUAAUCAAAGAGCUCAGCCUGUCCGGCAGAAAUUCAUGUUAUGUGCUGGCAUGCAUUCCAAAUAAGAAAUGGCAUUCAACAUACCGUAAAAUCCCACGUUAAAGUCCCCCCCCCGGUCUUAAGCCCCCCGGAUGUAAGCCCAUGCAUUUGCUAAUAGACUGACAGUCUGAUUUGCUAACAAAGAUAUUAUUCCAGAUAUACCCCCCCCCACCCCUCUGGUUUUUAACCCCAUCUAAUGUAUAAGUGUGUUCCUUUUGAGUUUCAUUGCAUACAUCAAAAUUUUUAAUCUAAAGUUAUAGGUAUAAACAAGUGAAGUUAUAUAAGCCCAGGGCUCCUGCUCGGUUCCUCGAAAGAUGGUUAAGUUUAAUCCAGGAUUAAGCCAAAUUUUAAUUUUUAAUUUUCUUGUCUAAGAAUCUGUUACCUUGGGCUUACAAAAUAAUGUUGUGCUUUAACUCUGAGAUUCUGUGAUGAUAACAUAGAAUGUUAAUCUAAGGAAUGCAUAGGAAGGUAAAUACAAAAGUGGAAGACAUUUUUUAAUCCUGGAUUAGCGCAAAUCGGCCUUUCAGGAACUGGGGCCAGGGCUUUAAGGUAAUUCCCUUGUUUUGCACUGCGCACCCUCUACUGCGCAUAACAUUGCCACAUCCAAGAUAGCGGCGGUUCUUCCCACUAGCGCGAAAAGAACAAACAAGGGCCGCUUUUGCAGAACUAAAGCUUUUAUUGGCAAUAAUAAUGCCGCAGAUCGCCUGGUUAGCUAUCGAAAAACAAGAAAAUGAAAGAAAUGUGCAAGAUCCUGAAGUCUGCAGUGGUUUUCACUUCGCGGCCGUCGAGUUGUGGAAUUAUUAAAAUGUCCUGGCUGAGGCUUUGGAUUAUGGGGGACUGUGAAGCCUGUGGGACAGCUCUAUCGCUCUCCAACUGCAUUAACGAGUCAGUAUCUGGCCUGGACAUAUGUUGUUCAAACUUCGAGAGUGGAGAGACGAAUAUUUCUGGAAAAAUAAGACCCACCGUAGAACCAGAACCACGCGAGGGAGACAAGUCNGAGAUUCUGUGAUGAUAACAUAGAAUGUUAAUCUAAGGAAUGCAUAGGAAGGUAAAUACAAAAGUGGAAGACAUUUUUUAAUCCUGGAUUAGCGCAAAUCGGCCUUUCAGGAACUGGGGCCAGGGCUUUAAAGUGGGAUUUUAGGGUACAUUUAAAGCUAAAAUUGAUAAUUGUGUUUUCCAUACUAGUCUCAGUAAUCCAUACUCAGUGUUUUCCAUACCAGUCUCAUACUAUGCCUAGUAUGCCAGUCAUGUUACACCAGGUUUUGUAAGAGAGAGAGAUUAAGUGUCAGUUGUUUGAGCUUCAGUCUCUAUGGUGACAGUAUCAUUAGACAAGAAACUUUUCUGAUGCAUCACGGUUCCUCUCCACCCAACUAUAUCACUGGGUACUGUUAAACAAUGCUGGGGUAGCUGAUGGACCAGCUUCCCAGAAACUUCAUGUUACCCUUGGUAUUAAGGAGUCUCUACUAUUGUGGGUAACCCGUGGCUCCUGAGCAAAUUUCACCUGAUUUUGUUUUUCUUUCAGACUUGAAAAUGAGGAAGGGAUGGGGGGAAUUUUAAUAUUUGAGACAGGAAAUGGGCAAGGGAAGUCUAAAAUUUCACUUUUUUGGUAUAAGAAUAGACCUCUUUCGCAUCUAUGUUUUGUUUUCCCAAUGUGAGGUAUGUGGUAGUACUCUAGAGAACUGUUUCUUUCAAAUUUCACCAUAUUUAAAUAUAUACAUAUUGUGGUUCACUUUUAUCCUUGGUUUAAAUAUUAUUUUCUUUUGUUUCAAACUGAGACCGUCACGGGGUAAACAAAACAUACAUACACCUUUAUUGGGAAAACAAAACAUACAAGCUAAAGAGGUGUAUAGGAAUUGAGAAGGCAGCCCACUCCAUUUAGGUGUUUAUCAAUGUAUUUGUCAAACUUUACAGAGGAAAACUCCAGUGGACAAGAAAUCUAAACGCCCCUGCAGAUCACAGCCAAUAAUCAUGAAAAGAAGAGCCAAACAUCGGUUCAUUGAGGAGUAA